AUGCUUGCCAGAACUACUCGCCUCUUUUCGAAUGGACUCAUUCGUGCUGGUGCUUGCCUUUCUCCUUUUCAGGCAUCUUGCUUUUCUACUGAUAUGAAGAUUAACGCGCAGCAGCACCAUCCAUCCUAUAAGCUGUUUGAUGUUUUCCGUUACACUCCGAACAAGGACCGAAAGCCUCAUAUGGAGAGAUAUGCUGUUGAUGUGAGUGAUUGUGGUACCAUGGUGCUGGAUGCCCUUUUCCAGAUCAAGAACCAGAUUGACCCUACCUUUUCUUUUAGAAGAUCGUGCCGUGAGGGUAUUUGCGGUUCGUGUGCCAUGAACAUCAACGGUGAGAAUGGUCUUGCCUGCCUUACCAAGAUCACUCCCGGUUCCGACACCAUGACGGUGCGUCCUCUCCCCCACAUGUUCGUCAUCAAGGAUCUCAUCCCCGAUAUGACGAACUUCUACGAGCAGUACGCUUCGAUCAAGCCGUGGCUGCAGAAGAAGUCGGCUGUGAGCACGGACUACAAGGUGGAGAACCUGCAGUCGCACGAGGAUCGUCUGCUUCUGGACGGUCUGUACGAGUGCAUUCUCUGCGCCUGCUGCUCGACGUCGUGCCCGUCGUACUGGUGGCACGGCGAUAAGUAUCUGGGCCCGUCGAUUCUGCAGCAAGCGUACCGAUGGAUCGCCGAUUCGCGUGAUGAGAUGACGGAGGAGAGACUGAAGAGUCUGGACGAUACGUACAAGCUGUAUCGAUGCCAUGCGAUUAUGAACUGCACGCAUGCUUGCCCCAAGAAUCUCAAUCCGGGAAGAUCGAUCCACAAGCUGAAGAAGGCAAUCCACCAUAUGCAUUAAUGGAGGGGGAGGAAGAAGGAAGUUGAAUGGAGUUGAAAUGAAAUUACAAUGAUAAGAA